AUGGCGUUGGCAGGGACCUCCAAAGUAGUGCUGGGAUGUAUCGCGUUUGGGAUUUUCUGGGUGAUGGCCGUCUUCCCCACCGUCCCGUUCAUGCCUGUUGGGCGGACGGCUGGGUCCCUCCUUGGUGCUAUGCUAAUGGUCCUGUUCCGCGUCAUCUCCCCCGAGGACGCGUAUGCCGCGAUUGACCUCCCGAUCAUCGGCCUGCUCUUUGGGACAAUGGUCGUCAGCAUCUUCCUAGAGAGGGCUGACAUGUUUAAGUACCUCGGGAACCUGCUCUCGUGGAAGAGCAGAGGCAGCAAGGACCUGCUCUUCCGAGUCUGCAUCGUGUCUGCGUUUGCCAGCGCGCUUUUCACCAAUGACACAUGCUGUGUUGUCCUCACUGAGUUCAUCCUCAAGGUUGCUAGACAAAACAACCUGCCACCACAGCCUUUCCUUCUGGCCCUUGCCACUAGCUCAAACAUCGGCUCUGCUGCGACGCCGAUCGGCAACCCUCAGAACCUUGUCAUAGCUGUGGAGAGUGGGAUCUCAUUUGGCCAGUUCUUGCUGGGAGUUUUCCCAGCUAUGAUUGUUGGGGUUCUGACAAAUGCUGCUAUCCUCCUUUUGUACUUCUGGAAAUACUUGUCUGUGGAGAAGGAUCAGGAGGGUGGGCAACCCACAGGACCAGAGGUGGUUGCCGACGAUGAGGUUAUUUCUCAUCGGUUCACACCGGCUAGAAUGUCACAUGUUUCUUCUCUGAAUCCAGAUGAUGUGGAUUGCAUAAGUGAACCAAUCAUCAGGAGCAACAGUGUCAGAUCUAGUGUGAGUGAGAACCUGAGAAGCAGAAGCGUCAAUUCUGAGGCUGACAUUCAGCUUGCGAUCAAGUCUCUGCGGGCAUCGAGCAUGUCGCAUGAGAUGGUAGAGGUCUCGACUGUUCCUGAUCGGAAAGAUGAAGGUGCAUCCUCAAGGAAGUUCACAAGAACUGCUAGCCAGCAAAGGAGUGUGAUAAUAGAGGAUUUGCCACCCUCCUCCCCAGAGAUCAACGGGGAAAAGGAGAAAGAAACUGAAGUUGCAGAGAAGAGAUGGAAAAUACUUGUGUGGAAGACUGCUGUUUAUCUUAUCACUCUUGGUAUGCUCAUUGCACUUCUAAUGGGACUGAACAUGUCCUGGACUGCAAUCACUGCGGCUCUUGUUCUUCUCGCACUUGAUUUUACGGAUGCACAGGCUUGUCUUGAGAAGGUGUCAUAUUCACUGCUGAUCUUUUUCUGUGGGAUGUUUAUCACUGUUGAUGGCUUCAACAAAACGGGCAUACCGAACACACUAUGGGAGUUAGUGGAACCAUAUUCACGAAUCGAUAGUGCUAAAGGUGUUGCUCUUCUUGCUGUGGUGAUUCUUAUCCUUUCAAAUGUGGCCUCUAAUGUUCCUACAGUCCUACUACUCGGUACAAGAGUGGCUGCAUCAGCUGCUGCGAUUUCUCAUGGCUCAGAGAGGAAAGCAUGGCUCAUCCUUGCAUGGGUCAGCACCGUGGCUGGGAACCUCACCCUCCUAGGUUCUGCCGCGAAUCUGAUUGUCUGCGAGCAGGCCAGGCGGGCCCAGUUCUUCGGCUACAACCUCACCUUCUGGAGCCAUCUGCGGUUCGGGGUCCCGUCGACCAUCAUCGUCACGGCGAUUGGGCUGCUCAUCGUCAUCAGUUACUGA